CUUAGACUGAAAAUAUAUUUAAAUGAGUUCUCCUGAAAUGAAUCUCCACAUUUCUCACAAGAAUGAUGGGAUUAAUACACUGUUUUACAGUAUUUUUUAUCUAUCUUGCAGUACAAGAUGUAAAUUGUAAGACGCGACAUCGUUCGAAAUAUGACGGCAAGAUUGUUGGUGGAUACGAUACCACGAUUCAGUCCAUCCCGUAUCAAGUAUAUUUGCUAUUGCAGAAAGGUGAUCUUUUCUAUCAAUGUGGAGGAUCGAUACUAAAUGACAUGAACAUUUUGACAGCAGCUCAUUGUCUCACUGGCAUGGAAAGGGUAUAUGUAAGAGCUGGGAGUACAUAUUCCGAUCAAGGUGGAUCAUUUGUUACUUCAAGGCGGUUUUCACAACAUCCACUUUACAAUAAUAAGACUAGUGAUUUUGACGUUGGCGUUAUAAGGCUAAGCAAAAAACUAGCGCUUGAUGGAAGGACGAUGAAAGCAAUACGUCUUGUCAGAAGUGGGAUGAGGUUACCCACUGGAAGUAACGUAACAGUUUCAGGGUGGGGUGCGACAUCGGAAAAUGGUGACACAAGUGAAACAUUAAUGGCCGUGAAGAUACCUAUAGUAUCAAAUAGCGAAUGUGCGAAGUCUUACGGAAACAGUCUUACUUCGAGAAUGUUCUGUGCCGGAGUACCCCAGGGUGGAAAGGAUUCUUGCCAGGGUGAUUCCGGUGGACCUGUUGUUUUGCAAUCAGGGCAGCAAGCUGGAGUUGUGUCAUUUGGCAUCGGCUGCGCACGUCAGGGAACUCCUGGAGUCUACACAAACUUAGCGGACAGGCAAAUCAGAACCUGGAUCAAAAUUCAAACUGGCGCUUAGUUACAUAUCGCGCUUGUAGAAAGAAGAUUGCAGCAAUAAUAACUUUAGAACACUGUUUACUCAUAGCACAAUAAUAUAAUAUUAUGUUUAAACAA